AUAUUAGACUGUGCAAAAUAAAAAAAGAAAAAAAGGUAAAGGAUGGCGGAGAUCAUCGUCAGCAAUCAGGCGUAUUGUAAAAUACUGCUACAUUCAGUAAAACAUCCACAUUGUGCUGUGAAUGGUGUGUUAUUGGCAGAGGACAGUAAAUCAAAAGACCGCAAAGUUUUGAAAUUCGUGGAUUGUAUACCUUUAUUUCAUUUAACUUUGAGUCUCUCACCCAUGCUUGAAGCUGCCUUGUUGCAGAUUGAUGCAUACUGUAAAAGUAGAGGAUAUGUCAUCGCAGGUUACUAUCAAGCUAAUGAAAAUCUUAGGGACAAAGAAUUGAAUAAUGUUGCCAGAACUAUAGGGAGAAGAAUUCAAGAAAAUUGCCAAGAUUCACAUGUAUUUAUGGUUGAUAAUGAGAGGCUUUAUCCAGAAUCUGUCUCAGAAAUAUACAGAAUCUACUCAAUGAAGGAGAGUUCAUGGAAAGAAGAAAUGAGCGAAACAGUCACCGAAGACACGUUGCGGGUAGCCUCCAUGCUGUUGUCAUCACAGUCAUUUAGGAAAGUAGAUGUGGUGGACUUUGAUAAUCAUUUCAAUGACAUCACUCAGGACUGGCGAAAUAUUCAGAUAAAUGAAUUGUUAGAAAAGUGUACUUGAUGAUGGUUACAGUUUAGCAUUUGCAGUAGGAUAUUGUUACAGGUUAAACGGGAAGGCAUGGAAAUACCAAAAGUGGUCCUGCUUAUGGGAGCGAUAGUGCAAGACCUCGGCAUAGGUUUCCGUGGAAAUUGUACAGUGAAUACGAAUGACUUUUUUUUUUUUUUUUUUUUAAACUGUUGUUGUGUAAUUACCACCAAAAAGUAUGUAGUGUUAUACCUAGAGGAGUUUUUACAGACCUAGCUGUGCAUGGAUAUUGGAAAUCAACUUCUCUAAUAUCUCGUUUUUCAACAUGGUACAUGUAAAAUGAACAAUUGCUGACCAAAUUGUCUACUCAUGCAUUUCGGUAGGGCAUUUUAAUAUAUUGUACUGAUGAAAAAUAAGGUGCUUAUUUUAUGUCAUUUUUUUUUUUCCAUCUCUUGAGUGUACUGAAUGUAGAGUGUACAUUUAGGUGUAAAUAUUAGACAAUGUAGCCUCAUAAAGAUCCCAAACAAAACUGAAACGGCUCAUUGUCUGAAGAACAUGCAAGUAUGUUAAUAUAUAUAUAUAUAUGCUUAGUAGUAGGGUAUACUGGGAUUAGGUUGUUCAUUUGUUGAGUGUAAUUUCUGUACUCAGAUUUAAUUCCUUUCCCAUCUGAAGGCACAGAAAUAAGGAUGUGCGCUAUUAAUUUGCAUUAAAAGGUGAAGUUCACAGUGUACGGAGCUGUGGAUAUGGUAUACUGACUGGAAUUAAAAUUUUAUGCACCCAAUUAACUUUUCACAUAGAUUUGACAUGAAAUAAGAAUGUUCCCCAUCUGCUUCUUAUAAGAGUGUGCUACCCUAUGAAAUAAAAUAUGAUAAAAAAUACAUAUACAUGGUAACUUGGAGUAAAAUUUUCAGUGAGGAACCUCUAGCAGGCUAGAGUAGAUGUACCCUACGAGGUUAGGUUAAAUCAAACUCGCAAAAAAAUGCUACAGAAAAGUAGUGCCCAUACUGCAACAUCACACAUUAAUAACCCCCAUAUUUAUAGAUAGAGGACAUGCACUAGUGAUUUUAAGGUCAAAAAUCUAAUUCAUAAACAAUCCAGCACACACAUAGAAAAUGAACUCUAAAUUCAUUUCAUUUCUUGAGUGAAUGAAUCAAUGGGUUGUUCACAAAACUGCAUUUCCAAGAUGUCCUAAUUAGACUGUACCCCAUGGAGAGUAUAUAUGAAGAUUAGAUGAAAUUUUCAUUGAUCUGCAUAUUACUAGUGUUGGCACCCGUGCAAGCUUUAUCGGGAUUCAUAAUUUCUUAUUUUGUUUGCAAUGUGGCAGUGAGCUUUUGUCAUCUGUCUCCCUCUGCAUCACUAAACAUCAUUUACACAUAGCUUUAAGGCAUCAUUCAUCAGAUAUGAAAUUAACUGCAUAUGUAAUAUUUACAUAUUGAGUCAAUUGAUGAUAUAUUUAAAGAUUUUUAGAUCAAUUUGAUUGGAGAUUUAUAUAUUGUAAAGAAUGAGUGCAAUUAACAUUGAUUGACGGGGCCCCAGUAAUAUUAAACUAAGAGGCCAAUGGGUCACAAUGUUCACCUGAGUCAUCUUGGCCCUUAACGUUUUUCAAGGAAAGAUUUUUAAAAGAUAUCCCAUUAUAUAUUUUGACACCAACCCAAACUGUGACUCGACUGAAUCCAAACAACAUGGGAAUGCCUCAAAAUCAAUACGACUAACAGGGCCUCACUGUUCAGGAGAAGAGUUUUUCAAUAUUCGUGUAUUAUGUAACAUUCAUCCCCAUCCUAAUUCAAGGAUCCUUUUAAAAAUUCCCCAUGAUUUCAGAACAUUUGCAUAUUGAUUGAUUUAGUGUGGCACUCAAACUAGUGAAUUUGUUUUCUAAUCUCGGACAUGUAAAACUUCUGAUUCCCUAUUUAAGCCAACUCUGGGUAAAUAUGAAUCUGUGCUACAAUGGAAUGCUUGCAUAUUAAAAUAUCUAAUCAGUGGACCUGAAUAAGAAAAUUUGGAAUUUAUUUGGCACUAUCGAUUAAAUGAUACUUGUGUGUAACCCUUUUCAAUAUAUAUGUCUUACAAACAUUUCUUGUUUCAACUUUGAAUCUGCACUACCUGAGGAUGCUUGCCUACCUGUUCAUAAGAAAACCAUUUUUAAACACUCUUUACUAAAUAUUUCUAUGUAAAAAUUUAUCCCUUUUUGUGGCCCACUCUACCUCUGGGGACCACAAAUUGAACAAACUUUCAUCUGCACUGACUGAUAGGAAUAAUCAAGGCCUUGCUUUUCUUAAGAUUUUAAAAUAUUUUUGAAAUAUUCCCAUAAGAAAAGCUUACUUGAGCAAAAAAUUAAGUUUUAAAAUGAAUGUUUAUUCUACUUGUGAUCCCUUCACAUCUUCACUGUAAUUUUAUGAGAUUAUAUGAAUUAAAAUUCAAAAUUGUAUACAUACAAUUACGAAGAGCAAAGCCAAUGGUAAGGGCAUGGAUGAUAAUUUUUCUCAAAUCUCCAUUGGCAAUUAAGUUGGUAAUACUUUCAAUGCUAUUAUGAUUGUCUGAUGUUCUCCAUAGAAUGGUCAUUGUAUAUUAGGUUGUAUAACAGUAUAUUCAAAGGAGAACAACAAACAAAAUUUCUUCAUAAAUAAAAAACUGUCAAAAUAUAACCAGGUUUUCCACUUUAUAUUGACCAGGGCUGUUAGGACUUGCUGAAUAUUAUGUGUAACCAAUUUAAUGAUGUUGCCUCAGGUAAAAAUUGUGAAUGUUAAAAUCUAUCGUAUGCAUACAAUCUAAAAACAAGAACAAAAAGAAAUCAAAAAAAUAUGUUAACAUAUAUACUAGUAAUGGCUAUGACCAUUUAAAAACAUUUUCAAUCACACCAAAUUUUAAAAGUCCAUCAUUUUCUUUUUAAUGGUAAUGGUUCCUCCUUUUAUGGAUUAUUUAAAUGCACUCAUUCUUGGCAUGACCAAAAUUUAAUAAACAUGUAAUUAAAUAAACAAAACAAAAAAUUAUGCCCAAUUUGAAAUUGUUAUGAGAAGACAUAUCAGCUAACUUUUUCUGCUCUAGUGAUAGUCUUUUUGCUUACCAUAAAAAAAAAGGUCAUGAAUGGACAUAAAUGAUAGUCAUCUGCAUCUCAUUGUCAUUUGUGCAUGGUUAAAACUGCCCUGAUUUUUUUCUAGUAAUGAACCUAGUCAGUUUUUCUGCUUACAUUUUCUACAAAAGUGAAUAUUUUGUUACUCAGGAGGCUUUCAUAAUUUUGUGUGUUUACUAAAUGUCUUGUAUAAUUUGCUGUAUUUUGCACUACAGGUGUAUAAUAUAUUUAAUUUUUAGUCACUAUAGAUUGACAUGCAUGGAAUAGUAUGUAUGCACUGAAAAACCAUCUUCUAGUACUUGUAAAUUUUAUUCAAUAUAUGGUGUAAAAUAGAAAAUUUUAUUUCUAGUAAUGAUUCUGAAAAUUGCUGAAUUUACAUAGACAAAUGUUAGUAGAUUAUUUAUUAGUAUGUUGGACAUUCCUUGUGUUCAUAGUUAAGAAUUUAUGUAUCAUAUUCCUUAUUAGUAUCUAAUACUUUGUAUAUUUCCAUUGUAUUGCGGCUUUUAAGUUCUGUACAGGAUAACAAAGGGAAUAAAAUGCCAUUAAGAACACAUGUAUGUAUAUAUACACAUUGUAUUAUGCAUAAGGCCUAAAUGUUUUUAUCAAAUAUGUUUAAAAGUGUGUUAGAAUGAAAUAUUGAUGUUCUAAACACUUUAAAUAUUAUGCAGAAAAUGAAAUUAAAUACUAAAACUAUU